AUGUCUAUUGUUGAUUGUUAUAAUGAAGAUCGUAUUAUAAAUAAUUGUCCAGGUCCCUUUUUAACAAAUUGUUCUCCUUAUGUUUGUCAAAGAUUUAGUGACAAAUUUAUAACAUUGUUAGAAAAUUAUACUUCUACUUAUACAAAAGUUAGUAAAGUGAUAGUUCUUGGAGAUGUAGCUGUUGGAAAAACGUGUCUCGUGAACAGAUUUUGUCGAAAAAUGUUUGAUUCAAAUUAUAAAGCAACUAUUGGAGUUGACUUCGAAGUUGAAAAUUUCAAAAUUUUGAACAUACCAUUCUCAUUACAGAUUUGGGAUACUGCUGGUCAAGAAAGAUUUAAAUCUAUAGCUCAAUCGUAUUACAGAGGCGCACACGCUGUUAUAAUUGUAUUCGAUUUAACGAAUCCUGAAAGUUUAUACAAUUGUCAGACAUGGUUUAAAGAAGCCUCACAAACGUUUCCUUCAAAAUUUCCUUUUUUAUUCAUAGUAGGCACUAAAAAGGAUUUGAUAAAAAAUUAUGCUUAUAAAAAUAUGGAAAUUUGUGCUAUAAAAAUGGCAACUAAACUGAAUGGUGAAUACUGGUCUAUUUCAUCAAAAAUUGGAACAAAUGUUGAUAGUUUAUUCAGAAGAAUCGCAGCUUUGAUGUUUAUAGAGUCGAUCGAAAUGGAAUUUGCUUCGAAACAAACCAAUAAAAUAGGAAACAAUUUAAUCGAUCUACAAAUCAAGAAAACAAACUCCGAAAAAUGUAGUGCAAACAAAUGUUUUAAUUAGAAUUAUUUUUUUCUAAAUAAAUAUAACUUUC